AUGUCUGAAUUAUUAAGACAAACUUUUGCUAAUGCAAAGAAGGAAAACCGUAAUGCUUUAGUCACUUUUAUGACUGCCGGUUAUCCUACUAUCGAGGACACUGUUCCUAUUUUAAAAGGUUUCCAAGACGGUGGUGUAGAUGUUAUUGAAUUGGGUUUACCGUUUUCUGACCCUAUUGCUGAUGGUCCAACUAUUCAAGUUGCAAACACUGUUGCUUUAGAAAAUGGUGUAACUAUGAUAAAAGCUUUGGAAUUAUUAAGACAAGCUAGAAGUGAAGGUAUCACUGUUCCAAUUAUUUUGAUGGGUUACUACAAUCCAAUCUUGAAUUAUGGCGAGGAACAAUUCAUCAAAGAUGCUGCUGAAGCUGGUGCCAAUGGGUUUAUCAUUGUUGAUUUACCACCUGAAGAAGCUUUAAAAGUUAGAAAUUACGUUAGAGAGAAUGGUGUCAGUUUAGUGCCUCUAAUUGCACCAUCUACUACUGAUGAAAGAUUAGGUUUAUUAUCCCACAUAGCUGAUUCUUUUGUUUACGUUGUCUCAAGAAUGGGUACUACUGGUGCUCAAACUUCAAUUUCAAGUGAUCUAGAUCAAUUGGUCUCUCGUGUUAGAAAAUAUACCAAAGAUAUUCCAUUAGCUGUCGGUUUUGGUGUUUCGACCAGAGAACAUUUCGAAACUGUCGGUGCAUCUUCUGACGGUGUUGUUAUUGGUUCUAAGAUUGUUUCCCUAUGUAGUGAAGCUGCUCAAGAUAAACGAUAUGAAACUGCUAAGACUUAUGUAGAAGGUAUCUUAAAUGGUAAAAAACAUCAUAUUCUAUCCGUCGAAGAAUUCAACGAACAACAUAAACAAUCGUUAAUUGAUGCAAAGAAUUCUUCGAAAGUUGAUAAUGAGUUCUCUGAAGAACAUAAAUUUCCAACUAGAUUUGGCGAUUUCGGUGGUCAAUACGUCCCAGAAGCUUUGCAUUCAUGUUUAAGAGAGUUAGAAAGAGGCUUUGAAGAUGCUGUAGCUGAUCCAACUUUCUGGGAAGAAUUUAGAUCAUUAUAUUCGUACAUUGGCCGUCCUUCAUCUCUACAUAAAGCCGAAAGAUUAUCCGAACAUUGUGGUGGUGCUACCAUUUGGUUAAAGAGAGAAGAUCUAAACCACACCGGUUCCCAUAAGAUCAAUAAUGCUUUAGCUCAAGUUUUGAUGGCUAAAAGAUUAGGAAAGAGCAAUGUUAUUGCCGAAACAGGUGCCGGUCAACAUGGUGUUGCUACUGCCACUGCUUGCGCUAAGUUUGGUUUGAAAUGUACCGUUUUUAUGGGUGCUGAGGAUUGUCGUCGUCAAGCAUUAAACGUCUUUAGAAUGAAAAUUCUAGGUGCUGACGUUGUCCCAGUCACUAACGGUACUCAAACUUUAAGAGAUGCUACAUCCGAAGCUUUCCGUACUUGGGUAACCAAUUUAAAGUCUACUUAUUACGUCGUUGGUUCCGCUAUUGGCCCUCAUCCAUAUCCAACCCUUGUACGAACCUUUCAAAGUGUCAUUGGUAAUGAAACCAAAGAACAAUUUGCUAAAUUGAACAACGGAAAAUUACCAGAUGCUAUUGUUGCAUGUGUCGGUGGUGGUUCUAACUCUACAGGUAUGUUCUCUCCAUUUGAACAUGAUAUUUCCGUUAGAUUAAUUGGUGUUGAAGCCGGUGGUGAUGGUAUCGAUUCUGACUAUCAUUCCGCAACACUAACUGUUGGCAGACCAGGUGUUUUCCAUGGUGUCAAAACUUAUGUUUUACAAGAUAACGAUGGCCAAGUCCAUGAUACACACUCUGUUUCAGCUGGUUUAGAUUACCCAGGUGUUGGUCCAGAAUUAGCAUUCUGGAAGGCUUCUGGUCGUGCCGAAUUCAUGGCUGCUACUGACGCACAAGCUUUAGAAGGUUUCAAGUUAUUAUCUCAACUAGAAGGUAUCAUCCCUGCUUUAGAAUCUUCUCAUGCCGUUUAUGGAGCUAUCCAGAUUGCCAAGAAAAUGACUCCAGAACAACAUUUAAUUAUCAAUGUUUCUGGUAGAGGUGACAAAGAUGUUCAAAGUGUUGCCGAAGUUUUACCUAAACUAGGUCCACAGAUUGGUUGGGAUUUAAGAUUUGAAGAAAAAUAA